GGUAAUUAUCUUUUCUGAAAUUCUUCGUUCCACAUGUACAAUUAUAUUUUUAUAUUAUAACUUGGCCACACUAAAAAUGUCGGUUGUGCGGAUCGGCAUCUUGUUUUUUGCAAAGACCCGUGAAUUAGCAGGUAUUUCACGUGGAACUUUUACAGUCAAUUCGGUUGUUAUUGGAUCUGACCUUCUGAAUCAACUGAGCCAGUUCUUCGGUUUAAAUUCUGUGAGAGACAGUUUAAUGUUAGCACUUAACGAGCGCUACAUAAAUCUUAACGAAGAGCUGUCAUUGUGUGAGGGCGACGAAAUUGCUAUAAUCCCACCAAUUAGUGGAGGCUAAUGAUAUCAUAUCCAUGGAUUAUUUAAA